AUGGGAGAACGAAAAGUACUGAACAAAUACUACCCGCCGGACUUUGAUCCGUCGAAGGUUCAGCGACGGAGCAAACCUCUGCAGAUGACAGUCCGGAUGGUGCUUCCAAUGAGUAUCCGGUGCGCAACUUGCGGAAAUUACAUGUCUAAAGGUACAAAGUUCAAUAUCAGGAAAGAAGAUGUAGCAAAAGAGAGGUAUUUGGAUUGUAUUCAAAUAUUCCGUCUCUAUUUCAAGUGUAACAAUUGCUCAGCAGAGAUUACGAUUACGACCGACCCAAAAAACUCAGAUUAUGUCGUUGAAUCGGGCGCGAAAAGGAAUUUCGAACCCUGGCGUGCGGAUGAUGAGGAAGAAGACAAAGAGAAGCGGAAAAGGGAGGCUGAAGAAAUGGGAGAUUCGAUGAAAUCUUUGGAGAAUCGAACUUUAGAAUCAAAACGACAAUUGGAUAUGGAUGCUGCUUUGGCUGAAAUAAAAUCUAUGAAGUCAAGGCAAGCAACUCUAAAUGUGGCGGAUAUGCUUGAUGAUUUGCAAAGCUCGCGGCGGUCGCAGGAAGAGAUAGAAAAAGAGUUGAGUGAAGAAGAUGAAGCUCUAGUGAGAUCCAUAUUUAACAGAACAUCAAACCAUGGAUUAAUUGCCCGAAGGAUUAAUGAUGAAGACAUCGCUGAUGAUGAUGAUGGAUAUGAUUUUAGGUCAAAGAGGACAAAACUGGACCAUGAACAAACUGUAAGCAACCCACUAGGCAAAGAUAAAGUGGAUGUUUCAGCUGGCUCAUCAAACGGGAAAAAUAUAAUUUUUAGGUCGCCGGCCGUGAGGGUUUCUGUUAAGAAGAAAGAAUCUUCUGGAGUUAAAGUUAAAGGAGAGACGGUAGAAGGAUCAACCUCUGGAUCUGCUGGUUUGCAAUCAUUGUUUCAACAAUAUGGGAGUGAGGAAGGUGACUAA